AUGUUGUUGUUGGUUGCAGCAUUACAUGAGCUUGACCCAUUGUAUAAAGAAUUCACAUAUUCUUCCAAGAUUUCAAGUUUGAUACUAUCCUUAGGUUAUAGGAGACCUGUCAUCAUGCAGUCCAUGUACAUUUUCAAGCAACCUGGAAUCGGAGGAGAAGUUGUGCCACACCAAGAUAAUUCUUUUGUGUACACGGAUCCAACGAGCUGUACAGGUCUCUGGAUGGCUUUAGAAGAUUCUACAACUGUUAAUGGUUGUCUUUGGGCUAUUCCUGGAUCUCACAAGAAUGGUCUGGUUAGAAGGUUUAUCCGAGGUGAAAAGGGUGUAACCUUUGAUCGUCCAUCACCAUCUUACCAACAGAAAGAUUUUGUGCCUAUUGAGAUGAAAGCUGGCUCCAUCAUUGCCAUUCAUGGUGAUCUUAUACAUCAAAGUUUUGAGAAUCUGUCCUCCAAGUCGAGUCAUGCCUAUAGCUUACAUGUAGUACAAACUGAUGGAUGUAAAUGGGCACAAGACAAUUGGAUACAAAGAGAGAAAAUGCCGGAGCCUCACUUUGUUCUUCCCUAA